AUGCACCACGAGGAGCCCGACGAAAUCCUGAUCACUCCCCCGGCCCAGCUUUGGAGCCCUGCCCUCGAGGCAAGCUUGGCCACCGAUGCGCGAGGAUGGGCUCGACUUUGCAGCCACCGCCAACGUGACCAUGACGAGAUCCUGGUGUUCUGUGCCCUGAUCUACGAGGUUCAGCGCCGGGGAAAGAGGCAUGCUCACCUGGAACAUCCCUGGACGAGCCGUGCCUGGAAGACCAAAGCCCUUUCCAGACUUCCAGGCCAUGCCACCUACGUCGACCAGUGCAUGUAUGGCCUGACCUCCAAGGACGCAGCUGGCAGAGUGUACCCCGUGAAGAAGCCAACAUGCUACAUGACCACCAAGAGGAGCCUGUGCGAGCAAGCGGGGUGCAAGUGCCAAGGGGAACACCAACACGGACCAGAGCCACCCGACGACAGGCACCUCAGCGACGACCCCACGACCCAACUCGCCAACACGCUCGCCGAGCUCAUCGUCAGGGACGGCCCCGCAGACUACGUGCUCCCCGUGGACGAGGCCGACCAGGACGUGGAGAUGGCUGCUGCAGACGACAAGGACGACCAGGACAAGACCGAAGAGAUCAAGGUCAACGAGGAGCUGAAGCAGCAGGUGGGACGUCAAGCCUACAGCUACGUGGCUCGCCUCCACAAGAACUUGGGACACCCGUCGCCAAACGUGCUGGCCCGGAUGCUAGAGGAGGUCCAGGACACCGAGAAUGUGAUCACCUGCGCCAAGCACUACCUCUGCGCUGGUUGUCUCAAGAGAAAGAAGCCAGCAGGAGUCCCUCCUGCAAGCGGACUCAACGCACGUGAGUUCAACGAGAGACUCAUGCUCGACUCUGCCUGGAUUGACACCAGUGAUGGAAGGAUGUGUGUGCUGACAAUCAUGUGUCAGGCCACUCGGUUCGUGACCAUCCGAGUGCUGGGCAGCGAGCAGAGCAAGGAGCUUCUGAAAGGGCUGGAAAGGGCCUGGAUCAAGCACUUUGGAGUUCCCAAGAUCAUCCGCAUCGACGAGGCCAAGGGAUGGAGUGCCACGCUCAUUCGCGAAUGGUGCUCUGACCAUGGAGUUGAACUGGAGAUUGCCCCGGGUGCAGUGGAGCGCCGACACCAGGUUGUUCGAAGAAGCCUAGAGCGGUACAUGGACGACCGCCAAGACCGCUCCAAGCAUGGUUUGCGAGAGGCUGCCAUCUUCGUGCCGGGCCAGAUCAACCUCUUGAGCUCUGUGCGGGGCUUCUCCCCAGCACAGUGGGUGCUUGGCAAAACUCCCGCGAACAGCUUCAGCCUGACUGGCGAGAUCUUCAACCCUGCGGCCCCGGACGAUGACGAUGAUGUCGGUGCCUUUGCCAGCAACCAGAAGCGCCGCACGGCUGCGCAAGUUGCCUUCCUCAAGGCCGACACUGACCUUCGCCUUCGGAGGGCAAUGAACCGGAACUACCGCGAGACCGACCAGGCCGUGCCAAGGGUGGGACAGAAGGUCUUCUUCUGGAGGAUACAAGGAGCUGGCAUUCUUCAGAAGAACCGCUGGCGAGGGCCAGCCCGCGUCGUGGCGAUUGAGACCGACGACCACGGAACAGAAUGGGUCAUCUGGCUGACCCAUGGGACCUCACUGCUGCGCUGCGCACCCCACCAGGUGCGGCCCGUCAUAGCGGAGACUGGCUACAAUGUUGCGGCGGAUCCGGCCGCAGCUCUUGAGGUGCUACAGGAGCUCAAGGCGCGCAGCACGACGCAGUUCAAGGACAUCACUGUCAACGAACCGCUUCUGGAGGACAACCUCGGUCUCCUCUCCGAUGGUAUUCCCUCGGAGUUUGCGCCUACGGACCACCCCAGCGACGCUGACAGCGAACCUGUGGAACCGCCUCCUCCCGUGCCUGGUGUGGUUGAGCUUGCGUUUCAGGACGUGCUUUCUCGACAGCGCCCGCCCACCCGCCGCAUAAGCACUGUCGAGCCGGCUGGUGCUGCUGCCAGCGCACGAGACACACCCCUUCCGGACCAAGACGAUGACGACGACGAUCUCUUUGUCGAUGCCUAUGUGGUGGAUACCUUCGACAACAACCUCCCUGAAGGAUGGACUGUCAUCGAAGGCGAGCUCGGCAUCGAUGAGGCAUGGCUGGCUCGUGUGGAGGCCAAGGAGAAGAGCAUGACAGUGCAGCAGCGAGCUCAGAUGAUGGAGGCAAAACGGGCUGAGCUGGAAUCGUACUUCAAGAACCAAGUCUGGCAGUUUGCCGAGGAUGGCGAG